AUGCGCUACAGCCUUACCUGCAUCCUAGAAUACGUUCGCUUUCCGUCACAGCUAGAAUUAGGUCCUUCACCCCCCUUUCUCUGUCCAGUCGGUAUAAAUAUCGCGCUCUGCCAGGAACCAACAUCACACUCGUCCUCUCACUGCUCCAGAACACAAGCAGACUCCGCCACCAUCAUGAAUUCUCGCGUGUUUGUCGCUCUCCUCCUGUGCGGCCUCUGGGCCUCCUCCGAGUCUUUCAUCCUCUUGGGAACCACCGCCGCUGCUGGGACCAUCGCCGCUACCACUGUCACUGCUUCUGCAGCGGCAGCUUUGGGCGUGGGCGCCCUGGCAGUGCUCAAGGGAGUUCUUAUCGGGAAGCAUCUGAAGCGCCGUUACAGGAGGGACGUCGAUUCCAUGGAGGAGGACGUUGCAACAGAAAUUGCUGUGGCCCAGAAGAUGGACUCUGCUGGUUGCGUGGCCAAGCUCUUGUGCGAAAUCGAGGCCAUGUCUGCUGACCAGCUCACGCCAGCCAUGUCCACCUUCAAGACCGCCUUCGAGGACAACCAAACCCUCAAGGGAUCCCGAGGCGUCUACGACCUGGCCAUCACCUUCGGCUCCAAGUUCGCCAAGAAAGACGCCAAGGCCUGCGGCGUCCUCUUCGAGAAUUGCGUCCUCUCCAGGGAUGAACUCUCCGCCAUGUUGGACUACUCUUUCUCAUGUUAGUGACAGGCAUCAGUCUCUAAAAAUCAACUUUAUACACAUUACAUUGUCUUUAUCAGAUGAAAGUUUCUGAAUGGAGUUUCCUGCACAUCAAGUGUAGAACUUGCUGAAACAACACUUUCAUCCACUUUCAUCUCAUCAUACGUUUUAUGUGAAAUGAAAUAGAUCUCAGUUAUAUGUGUCUCCUUCUCCCUUUUAUAUUCAUUACAUAUGUGGCAGUAAGUUGUAGAAAUAAAGAUGCGCUGUGUAUUCAGA